AUGGAAAAACCAACAGAGACAAUUGCAAGUCGGUCCACUAAGCUCAACCAACUCAUUUUGAGAAGGUCUAACCUGUGCAUACCUCAUUGCCAUCUGAUGAACAGAGAGGUUCUUUUAGAUGCAUUUGUGACUUUAUAUGAUAUAUGUAAUAAUGAACAAAUGAGGAAAGAUAAGCAGAUAUCUUCAUUUGUGGAAAAAUUUCGAGAAAACAUACAAGAACUAAGGCUUCUUCGUGUCAAUGUUGCUGACUUUGAAAUGAAAAAGAUCAUUGGACGGGGUCAUUUUGGUGAAGUGCAAGUUGUGAGAGAGAAGCAAACAGGGGAUGUGUAUGCUAUGAAAGUUCUAAGUAAAGCUGAAAUUUUGUCCCAGCAAAAUAUAGCUUUUUAUGAAGAAGAGAGAGAUAUCAUGGUGAAAGCUGCCAGUUCUUGGAUUACUCGAUUACAGUAUGCUUUUCAAGAUCACUUAAAUUUGUAUCUGGUUAUGGAGUUUCACCCUGGUGGUGACCUGUUGUCCCUCUUGGAUUGCCAUGAUAGCCUUUUACCUGAGAGUAUGGCUAAGUUCUAUCUGACUGAAUUAGUGCUUGCUAUUUAUAGCUUACACACAAUGGGUUAUGUACACAGAGACAUAAAACCUGAUAACAUCUUGAUAGAUCGGACAGGUCACAUCAAACUAGCUGAUUUUGGUUCUGCUGCUAAGCUCAAUGAGCACAAUACAGUUACAAGUAGAAUGCCAGUUGGAACUCCAGAUUAUAUUGCUCCAGAAGUAUUGUUAGCUAUGAAUGGUGGACCUUCUGGUAACACUGUUUAUGGGACUGAGUGUGACUGGUGGUCACUUGGAAUUGUUGCAUAUGAGAUGCUUUUUGGUACCACUCCAUUUACAGAUGAUAAGGUGGUUGUGACUUACAGCAAUAUUAUGAACUUUAAGAAAUCUCUCACUUUUCCUGAUGAACCAGAAAUUUCUGCUCAAGCUAUAGACCUAAUAAAAAAGCUUUUACAGGAAGCGUCUUUGCGUUUAGGAUACAACCAGAUUUAUGAACAUGAAUUUUUUGUUGAUGUAGACUGGAAUAACAUGUUUCAAACUGUUCCACCAUUUGUUCCACAUGUUAGUAGUCAAGAUGAUACUUCUAACUUUGAUGAGUUUGAACAUGAAGUGUCUAGACCUUCAACAGUAGGACUAAGGAAUAAAAAAGAAUUCACCGGAGAAAAUCUUCCAUUCAUUGGCUUUACUUACACCAAUCAUCUUACUUCCCAGUCUGAAAGGAUUUCUGGUCUUGAAGGAAGUUUCUACUCUCAUGGCAAGUUUGUGAUUACAGAGGACUCCAAGGAAUUGCAACUACUUCAGCAGAAGGUGUGUUUUUUGGAAAGCAAGGAAUUGGAGCAUCAGGAAGAAACCAAACUGCUCACAUUAAAGCUGCAAGAGAAAGAGAAACUGUGCCAGGAUCUCAAGGAGGAGAGAGAUUCUCUUCAGAAAGAUGUUGUGCAAUUAGAGUUUGAAAUCGAAUCAGUAAAAAGACUUUUAGAAGUACAGAGGCUAGAUAGAACCAUUACAGAAAACAAAGCUAUGGAACUGAUGAAGGGUUUCAAAGAGAAAUCUAAGUUGCAAGAAAAUCUGAUGGAAGAAAUUAAAAAAGCACUGGAAGAGGAAAAAAAUAAGAACAGGAAUCUAGAGGAUAAAUUGUGUUGUUGUCAGGAAGAAAUGAAAGGGAAGAUUCUUGAAAUCAAAGAGAUACAGUUAGAAACAGGACAACUCAAGGAACAGAUAAAAAUGGUUGAUACAAAUAAACAAGACUUGGAAAAGGACUUUGCUGCAGUGCAAGAAACACUGGAAGGAUUUCAGGAGAAGUUAGAAUUAGAAAGAAAGGCCAGAGCAGAAGCCCAGGAACAGAUUGUGGGGCUGAAGAAUGUCAUAGUUCAUUUAGAGUCAGAUUGGACUACAAAGGAGGGUUUAAUGCAGCAACUGGGUCAAGGAGAAGGUGCUGCUGUUGUGUUAACAGCUGAAGUCACAAAUUUGGACCCAGGGGAAGAGGAGAUGGAGAAGUUACAGAAUGAGCUGGAGGAGGAGAAAAAUUUAAAGUCAAAACUUGAGCUGCAGAUUUCACAACUAGAGAAUGAAUUGAAAACAGCCAAAAAUGGAAAUGAAAAAAAGAAUAAAGAGUGGAGAUUCAAAGAAAAGAAGUUUUAUAAAAGAAUUCAGAAAUUAGAGGAAGAACUUCAGUAUAGCAAAUCUAUGAAGUUCAAGCUAGAGAAAGAUCUGCAAAAUAUGGAAAGGAAAGAGAAUGAAUUGAAUAGUAUAGUAAUCAAGUUGCAGAAGAGUGUAACAAGCCUCGAAGAAAGUGUAGAAAAGCUUGAAUCUCAAAAGGAUCACUUUGACAAGAUUGCACCAUCAACCCAAAGCCAGGCUGUUGAAUGUCCUAAACCAAAUUCUUCAGACCUGAAGCAGGAAAAUGCUUUCCUGACUACCAAGAUAAAGCAGAUGACGUCCCAAUUGGAGCUACUCCAUGAAACUGUGGUUAAAGAAAGAGCUUGUCAGAUAGAGCUGAGAGAACAACUGAAAGAGAAAGAGGAUGAACUCUCAGAAAUAAAGAAGGCCAUACAAAUCUCUCAAUGCGAAGCAGAGCAGGCUGAAGGCAUUGCGUCCACUCUGCACGACAGUAAUCACCAACUCUGUGAAAAAUCCACCAUUCUGGAGAAGGAGAAAAGCAAAUGGGAGGAACUGAGAAAAUCUUAUAAAGAAAAGAUAACUGAGUUGGAAACAAACCUUCAAAAUAAACAGGAAACUCUAGAUGAACAUCAAAAUGCAAAUGAACUAUUGAAGGAUGAAGUUAAUAUCAAGGAACGUGAGAAGGAACGGGCAGUGAAAGAAUGCAAUGAUACUAAACAAGAACUUGUGGAAGAGAAAAAGAAAAUCAAAACUCUAGAAGUGAACAUUUCCUUGUUAAAAUUGACCUGCACCAGUCUGGAAGAUCAACUUAAAGACUAUGAUGUUGUAACAGACACUCAAGAAGAAAAGAUUGCACAACUUGAAAAAGAAAAAGCUACAAUAAAGAAAGAUAUUCAGAGCUUUGAAGAAGAGGUUAAGAACAUGGAGCUGCUAGUUUCCAGGGAAAGAAAAGCUAGGCUGGAAAGUGAACAUAAACUGUUAGAUCUAGAGGAAGAAGGUGAAAUCAGCCAAGCAAUCCAGGAGGAAAAGCUAAACACUGUCCAAGAAAAACUGACAUAUCAACAAAAGAUCAACACCCAUUUGACUGAACAGCUGUUACAGCUAGAAAGACAACUUGCCACUCAGAGCCAGUCCUUGAGACAGCUGCUGCAGAAGGUGACCAGCUUGGAAGAAGACAACAUUCAAGUAAAAGAAGAAGCAGCCAAGCAUAUUACCCAGUUAUCCUCAUUAAAAACAUCAAAUCUAAAGCUUACCCAAAGUUUGGAAAAAGCCCUUGAAAAAGGUGACAGGUCUAAAGAACAGAUUGAAGAACUGUACAACACUCAAGAAGCCACUGAGGUUUCUCAUGCACAUGAAAAAGUUAAACUCCAAGAGACAAUUGCUCAACAAACGAAACUCAUUGAUUUUCUUCAAACCAAAGUUGAGGGUCUGGAAAAGAAGAAAAAGUGUUUCUUUGGCAUAAGAUUUAAAGAAGUUGGGUCAUCAACAAAUCCUGUAUAUUGGCGAGAAUUUAAAGGUGCUUAUGACAGAGAGAAAUCAAAAUGUAGACGGCUACAAGAACAGCUUGAAAAGUCCCGAGCAGAAGUGAUGGCUUGUAGAACAGAUAUUGUACGUAUAUCAAAGAACUGUGGUGAAGUCCAGAAUACUAACCUUCUUUCAAGAACCCCAACAUCACCCAAGUCACAUGCGGUGCUCUCAACAUUGGCACAUUCUUCUGGUUCUAACAUGAAUAAUAGUACUGACAAUCUCUCAACUUUCAUUACCAAAGAGUCUGCAUCAGUUUUUGAGAAACCCCAGGGACAGUGUUUGUCUCACAAUGUUCCUCAUCAAUUUCAAGAGAUUUUGACCAUGAGAGGAACUAAAUGUGCUGCUUGUUUGGAUUCCAUUCACUUUGGUCGAAAUGCAAGCAGGUGUUAUGAAUGUGGGAUGAUUUGUCAUAUUAAGUGUUCCACAUCCCUCCCUAGCACUUGCACUCUGCCUUUUGGAUGUAUCCAGCACUUUAUUGACAGUUUAGAUAAAAAUGGUAACAAAUCCCAGAAUCAACCAUCUACAAAGGUUAUUUUUGCUGAAGAUAUUUCUAUAAAGACUGUAAAUCCUAUUCAGGGCUGGGUUAAGAUUUCAAGAAAUGGUAAACAAGGUUGGGAGAAACAUUAUCUUUGGUUAGAGAAUACAACACUUUACUUUUUUGACAAGGAGAAUGUUCAAGAUGCCUCAGCAUCUGACUCUAUCGACUUGUGUCCUAUUGAUGGAGAAGUAUUAGUUACAAGUGCUGUUUCAGCAACAGAGUUAAUAGGAACAGCUAAAACAGACCUACACUAUAUCCUGAAGCUUGAAUAUUUUCCCAACACUUCUUUUCGACCUCCAAGGUGUUUGUAUAUCAUGGUACAAAGUUUUUCUGAGAAGCAAAUGUGGGUUUCUGCCAUGGAAUCUGUGUUGAAGAAAAAUGAAAUGACUAAAGAUGAUAAACUACUUGAAAACAGUAUUUUACAUUUAGAGGGUGAAAAUAUCCUGGACAUAAACAUCACUUGUCAUUUGAAUGAUAAUCUGCUGCUCGUGGGAGCCAUGGAGGGGCUGUAUGUUGUUGAUGUGCUUGCCGAACCAAGCUACUCAUUGCAGAAAAAAAUUGAUCACAUUCCUAGUGUGUAUCAAAUAUCUGUCCUUAAGACAUUGAACACAGUUCUUCUAAUAUCAGGAGAAGAAAGAACAUUAAGGAUGUUGGAAUUACCAACGCUUAACCGAUGGAUCAAAGGAGAUAAAAUAACAGUUACUGAAGAGAUGACUGCUCUCCAACCAGUAUCUGAUAUUGAGGCCUGUCAUCUUUUUGGAACCUCCGAAGAUGCUACGUCACUUUGUGCUGCUGCGUCCACCACAGUUUUCCUACUUAGAUGGAAUGUUGACCUACACACUUUCUGUUUAUGGAAGGAGGUGAUAACUGCUGAACCUUGUAGUUGUAUGCACCUCACUCGAAAUAGUGUCAUAUUUGGAGCUGACAAGUUUUUCAAGGUUGACCUUAAAGAUCACAGUGUGGAAGAAUUUCUUGAUGUCUCGGACUCAAGCCUGGCUUUCUUAGUUUAUGGAGCCUCACAACUCUGCAGCUUCCCAGUAGCUAUCUUUCAGGCUACUUCAGAUGAAUAUUUACUCUGUUUCCAUGAACUUGGUGUGUUUGUGGACUGUUAUGGCAGGCGGACUAGGGAACGAGAUAUGAAAUGGACAAGGCUGCCCUUAGCCUUUGCAUAUCGAGCACCAUACCUGUUUGUGACUCACUUUAACUCUGUAGAGGCUGUGGAGAUCAUUCCCCAACAGAGUACUAAGGAGGGAGCUCGCACCCUUUUUGAAGUGGCCAGUCCUCACUACUUAGGUCCUGGUAUGUUCAUAGGUUCUGUGUACAUUAGUUCGUUCCAUGACAACCAAAUGGAAAUACUGAGUAUCCAGGGAAAGCUUGCUGCUGUCUGUGAACAAGAUAUUACAGCUACACUGGAGAGCAACCUUAGCGAUACCAGCAGUAGCAGUGAAGAGUCAACUGGUACAGAAUUCUCCUCCCCUCCAUCUGUAAUGCAAUCUCUAGAAACCAAUCUCUCUGAACUCACAGAAGCUUCAUCAUCUACAUCCAUUAAUUAAUUGGUCAUAUGAGCUUUCAUCAAGUACACAUCCAUAUCUACCUCUAGAAGAUAUAUAUAUCUACAAUAUAUACAGUUACUAGUUUGUAAAGAUAUAUGUUGUAGCAUACAACUGUAUGUGAUAAUUCUGUAUUAUUUUAAAAUUGUAACUAAGACUAUUCAAAGUUAUUAGGGCAGUCUUACCCUGUGUGUAUUAAGAAUUUUGUUUACGUUUUUAAUGUGUUGUUUCAAUGUGUGCAGAGCAUCAAAGAUCAUCUACUUUUCAAGUGUUUUGUUAUCUAGUUGCUCUACACAACUUUAAAAGUUUUGUUUUUAUUAUUUUGUUACUAUGCAAAAUCUGCACAGUUAAAUGCCCUUUUGAUUCCAACACAUAUUGAUAAUUGUUGGACAUAUUUCAGGAAAUAUUACCUUGUUUUUUUCUCUCUUUUUUUUUCUACACCUACAUGUGGCAGGAAUUCACAAAAUGAAUUUCUGUAAAUAUGGA